AUGCGCUGCAUCCUCGCCGUCUCGGGCACGCUGCAGGAGGGCUUUCCCCUGCGCAAGAACCUCGACGCCCCUGGCGCGCCGGCCGUCCACCUGGGCAGUGGGUUGGUGCGGGGCGUCCGGUCCUACCUCGACGUCAAGGAGCGGGGCUGCCGCGAAGAGGAUAACGCGCCGAACCCGGCCUGCGUCGUCACGGGCGACGCGGCCGACGGCAACGUCUACGAGCUCUACCUCGUCGAUGGCGCCGCGUGCCUCGGGGCGCUCCUCGGCGAGCCGCGCUACCUGGCCAUGGCGCCGGACGCCGUGGUCCUGGACCUCGAGGCGGCGGAGACCUGCGACGCGGUGCGGAAGUUGGCGCGGCACGUGCUCGGCGACGCCUCGGCCCGGCGCUGCUCGGUGCUCGCCGUCGUCAGCGCGGCGCCGGCGCAGCCGUCGUUCGUGCGCACGCCGUCCGACCGGAGCGACGGCGUCACAGCCUUUGCGUCGGGCGCGGCGCUCGCGCGGGAGCGCGGGCUACUCGCGCCGACGAGCGGCGCGGCAAACGCGUGGCUCGGCGGGCGCGGCGCCCGGCUGAACAAGCGGCUGUCGGACGCGGACGCCGCAGUCGCCCUGGCCGCGGCGGGGCUGGCGGAGGCGGCCGCGGCGCUGCAACGCCGAGACGCGGCGCCGUUGCCCCUCGGCGCGGUCGCCGCCGCCACCGCCGUCGCGGUCCUGGCGCGGAAGUCGCCCCAGUGUGCGGCUUUCGCCGCUGGCGCGAUCAUAUCUUCCGUCGCGCACCGCUUCCUCGCGCGGCGCGCGGUCUGGCAGGUCUGGGCGGCGGGCCGCCGCGAGGCCGUCGAAGGCGCCGCGGACGCGCCGGCGGACGCCGCGAUCCCGUGCCGCCACGGCCGGCGAUUUAGUAUCGCGCGGUCGGACACGGCCCUCGUCUGCAUCGACCUGCAGCGCGACUUCGUCGAGGCGACGGGGCGCAUCGGCGGCCGCUACGCUGAUCUCAAGAACGUCGAUGCUGCGGUGCGAAAGGCGUCCGAUUUACUCAAGGCGGCGCGCACCGCGGGGCUCACGAUCGCGCACUCGCGGUCGCACCGCUACGGCGCCUCCAUCCGGGACGACCUGAUCGGCGACCGCGGGUACGAGCUCUGCGAUGCGUGCAGCGCGCAACCCGGCGAGAUCGUCGUGGACAAGUGGACCUUCGGGGCCUUUGCGUCGACGGACCUCGAGGCGCGGUUGAGACAAAGGGGCGUCCGGCGCAUCCUGCUGUGCGGCGUGCUGACGAACGUCUGCGUCAUGGCGACGGCGGUCCAGGCCGUCGACCGCUUCUUCCGCGUGUGUUUGGUCGAGGACGCCUGCGCUGCCUUCGACCCAAGUUGGCACGCGAAGGCUGUUGAUUUGAUCAACGAGCCACAGGUGCGGAAAGGCCACGCGGACCAGCCCGUGGGCCUCUACUUCGGCGAGGUCUCCUCUUCCCGGGAGGUCGUCCGGGGCCUAAGGGACAUGUGA